GCGGGGGGCGCUGAGGGGCGGCAGGAAGGGGAGGCCUUUCUCUAGGCAGGAAGCUGCGCUACGGAAAGAAGGAGGAGACUGCAGCAGCAGCAGCAGCAGCUGGUGGGAGCCCGAUGUGGCAGAGUACCUACCGCCGCUGCCGCCAACACGGAGGUGGAGGUGGGGACACGGCCGCCAUCCUCUUCUCCUGCCUGCCGCCCUACUAGACAAGCUCUUCGCCUGAGGAUUCUCCCCUCCCAGAUCUUGCAAGCAUCAGGCUCGUCGCCUGCUGAUCCUCUUUCCCUACAGGUUCACAACGGAGGCAGCAGCUAGGUGUCCGAUUUGGGCACGUGAGGCCCGCGAUCCCAGGUCGUGGGGAGGUGGGCGCUGGACUAGAGAACUGGAGGAUGGGGGUCGGUGGGUGUCAUGUUGGAAAAUUGGGGUCGGUACUGAUCUUGGCGAUGAGGGUGACUGAGAAGGGUGAUUUAGAGACCGGGGGUGUGAGGCGGGAGGAUCCAUAGUACCUGGAUGCUAUACAAAAGUGGCCAGACAAAAAAAGUAGGUUUAUUGUGGGCGCCCCAGGGGAAAAUGGAGAUGGCCAGGAACAGACAGAAAGGAGAAGUGAACACCAGUCAGAAGGCAUGGAGAUGGGAGACAAGAGGGAUGAAGAGCAGAUGCCGAUGGGCCUCAGGAGACAAGGGCACUACAUUAACAGAAAUGGCAAGAUGAGGUGGAGGCUAAGAAAUGGUGAAUAUUUGUGUUUUGUGCGGGGACACUGGGAUGGCAAUAGAGGAUCAGGCAUUAGGCAGAAAGGCCUCUUCUUGCUAGAGCCUCAAUCACCAUAACUACACCCUCUCUAACCUUCCUGCGCAGCCAGAGGAACCUGGAGGGAAGGCAGUGCAUGCAAUCAUCGAAUGGUGUCUUGAUACCCAGCAUUCCUGCUAGACACCCUGAAUAACUUGGGUGGCAAUGUACCAUGCCCAGGGACUUUGCAAUACAGAUAAAAAAAAAUUCACACUGUAUUAUGCUAAAUGUUACUCCCUAGCCUUUCUCCUCCCCCUGCAGGUAUGAAGACCCCUCACAAAAAGGCAGCUGCAGGGCAGCAAACUGGGGAAGCUGUAGAUCAUCACAUCAGAUCUGCAAACAUAAGGAAGAAAAAGACUUGUCAAAAGAAGCAGAGAGGAAGACCUUCAUUCCAGUCCUGCAUGAAUAUUGUGGGCUGCAGAAUUUCACAUGGAUGGAGGGAAGGCAAUGAGGCCAUCACCCAGUGGAAAGGAACCGUUCUGGAUCAGCUUCUAGAUGAUUAUAAAGAAGGAGACCUCCGUAUCAUGCCAGAGUCCAAAGAGUCUCUUCCAGCAGAGAGGGAGCCAGAAGGAGUUACCGAUGGCCUGAUAGGUAAACAUGUGGAAUAUACCAAAGAAGAUGGCUCCAAAAGGACAGGCAAGGUCAUUCACCAAGUCAAAGCCAAACCCUCUGUUUAUUUCAUCAAGUUUGAUGAUGAUUUCCAUAUCUAUGUGUAUGAUUUGGUGAAAAAGUCCUAACUGUUAGGUGAAAAUUUGCCACAUUUGUGGAGGCAUAUUAUGAUUUGUAAGCACAGAAAAAAAAUGUUAUUCUUCAGUGUAUUGAAAGCUUAAAGGUCCAUAUAAACAUUUUUGCAAGCAUAACUGUUAUUUUCUUCUGAAAAAUACAAAUGUAUGUGAACAUGACAUACUAUGUGUAAGGAAUUUGUCUUGUUCAAAAGAUUGGGUGUGUUUGGUGGAUGGGGCAUGAAAGGAAGGAACAGCUGUAAAUUCAGGCUGUGAAUAAAGUUCAGCUAGUGUCUUAAUCAGUCAUCUAAAAAUGGAAUAGGACUUAGCUGGUCUGGUCUAGGGAAGGGGGAGAAGGAACUAGACAUGGGCUGUGGGGGAAGAUAAAAGGGGAAAUGACUGCUUAGAAAGAGGUGGGGAGGUGCCAGAAGUGGAGAGCCUCCUUGAGGGGAG